AGGUUUACCGGCUCAUAAUGAAUUCCUAUAGUUGUGAAAGUGAAAUAUCUAUAUCUAUUUACCCUAUCGUUCAAAUUCGCCGGAAUCCGAUCGAUCAAAUCCUCCCCCGACUCCCUCUAAGCAAAGUGCAAAGCCGUCGCUCUAUCACUGUCUUCCGGUAACCUGUCUUAAUCCAAGAAGGCCGACGCAGGCGAUUUUUCGUGAAACAUGGCUUGGUGCUGCUGAUCCCUUGUCUAGCGUACCUGCCAAUGGCGAGAAUUCCCUCUUCCUCCGCCUCCGACGACGAGUUAGAGGAGGAAGACGAAGAGGAGGAGCACCGCAAUCUGGUCCCUCAGAACGAGACCAAGCGCCCCCACCCCAAUUCCGCCCUCGAGAUCGGUCACCUCCCCGCUCGGAUCGGCGAUCGCGGCUUCUUCUCCCGCAGAUGCUGCCUCCUCUUCCUCCUCCUUCCUGCCUUCCUCUCUUUGCUUAUCGUCGUCGUCCUCCUCUUCUUCUACCGCGGUGGCUCUAUUGGCGGUGCUAACUUCCCGCUUGAUCGGAUGCGGGAGUCCGAGCUCCGUGCUCUCUUUCUUCUCAGGGACCAGCAAUUAGGCCUUCUCAAGCUCUGGAAUCGCACGCGUUCUGUCGCUUUGGACGUCUCUGCUCCUCCUUCCUCAGCCCCGAAUUCCACUUCGGUAAGAACAGAUCUGGCAAAGGCUGCAGCAUUCGAUGAGUUCAGAUCGGCAUUGUUCGAGCAGAUCAAGUUGAACAAGAAGAUCCAGAACGCUCUCCUGUCUUCUCACAAUGUUGGGAACUCUUCGUCGUCGGGCACUUCGGAUGACAAUGUAUUCUUUGGCAUGUCUGGUCCUGGAGUUGAUGUGUGCAGGAAGGUGGAUCGACCAGCAAGUAGGACGAUCGAGUGGGAACCGAAGAAAGACCGGUAUUUGUUCGCGAUCUGCUUAUCGGGCCAGAUGUCUAACCAUCUGAUCUGCCUGGAGAAGCACAUGUUCUUCGCGGCACUUCUGGACCGUGCGCUGGUCCUUCCAAGCCCCAGAUUCGACUACCAGUAUGAUCAGGUCUUGGAUAUCGAUCACAUCAAUGAAUGCUUUGGUAGGAAGGUAGUCAUUAAAUUCGAUGAGUUUUCUGAAACACUCAAGAACAAGAUGAAGAUCGAUAGGUUCAUAUGCUACAUGGCUUCGCCACCUUGUUAUUUGGAUGAGGAGCACAUUAAGAAAUUGAAGGACUUGGGGCUUUCCUUCGGUAAAAUUGAAGCUGCUUGGCCUGAGGAUGCCAAAUUGAAGAUGCAAAAGAAGAGGUUUGUUGGGGAUAUCAUGCCUAAAUUCACAUCUAACGAUGAGGUUAUCGCAAUUGGGGAUGUGUUCUAUGCGGAUGUUGAGGAAGAGUGGAUGAAACAGCCAGGUGGUCCACUUGCUCAUAAAUGCAAGACGUUGAUCCAACCAAGUCGAUUCAUUUAUCUCACAGCGCAGCGGUUUGUGCAGACCUUCUUGGGCAGCAACUUCAUAGCUCUGCAUUUCCGUCGACAUGGAUUCUUGAAGUUCUGCAAUCUGAAACCAGAGAGUUGCUUUUUCCCUAUUCCGCAGGCAGCAGAAUGUAUACUUCGGAUUGUUGAAAAAGCUGAUGUGCCAGUCAUAUACCUGUCAACAGAUGCAGCUGAGAGUGAAACAAACCUUCUCCAGUCUUUAGUUGUCUUUAAUGGCAAGCAGGUUCCUCUCUUCAAGAGGCCUGAUCAUGAUACUGCUGAAAAAUGGGAUGCUUUGUUAUACAGAAAUAAGUUAGGUGGCGAUAAUCAGGUUGAGGCGAUGCUGGAUAAAACAAUCUGUGCCAUGUCAACUGUUUUCAUAGGAGCAUCAGGUUCUACGUUCACAGAGGAUAUUUUAAGGCUCAGAAGAGACUGGGGAUCUGCCUCACGGUGCGAUGAGUACCUUUGCCAGGGUGAGCAACCGAAUUAUAUAGCUGAAAAUGAUUGAAAGCAGGUGAAUUCUAUGCUGCAGCAGUUGCCUCCUGGUCAUAAUUAUUGUCAUUACAAGUGGUUUAGUGUAUAUUGAUUUUACUUGUAUUUUGCACCGACCAAUUCUGUUCUGGGUGAUAUUCCAUUUGUUUUACCGUUUACACUAUUUUUGGUCGCUGUAUGUGCAGUUUGAGUGUGAUAGAAAUAUUACUUUUGGAGAAAAGCUUGAGAUUUUCCUGACUCA